AUAUGCAUCCAAGGAAGACAAGAGGUCAGUGCAUGUUUCUUAAUACAUUUUAUACAUAGUGUUUCUCUGGGCAUGUCAAUUUCCCACCUGCAGAACGUAAAUAUUAUUACAGUUAUAAUUUUAAAGUGUUUAAUUUCUUCUUUAUUCUAUAAUUUUUUAAUACUUCGUCUUUAUCAACCUUACUUAAUGCUGUCAGCAAUAUAUGACUUUUAUUUAGGGCAGUAUUUUUACGACAUAACUAUGAUAUUUACCCUCUAAAGUACACGCCUACUAAGAAAUUAUUACCGUCCCCAAACGUUCCCCAAAACAGCUUUAUUUAUCUCAAAUUCAACUUCAAUGUCUUACACUUUAUUUUGAAACUCUCCCUUGUUACAGCAGCCCAAGUGUUAGGUACAGACUAGACAAUAGUAGUAUAGUAUGCAUGGUCCCAAUUAACCCCAUUUGUGCAGAAAUAUAAUUUAAUUGCGCAGCAUUAAUACAUUUCGCCGAUGACGUCAGACCGGUGAUAAGUUUCUCAUUACGAUGACGUCACAUUCUUCUCUUCUGAUACCCCGUUAUGCAGGGCAUAAAUUCAAUCUACCAUGACUUAGGCUAUGUUCAUACUAUAGCGGAUAGCCUUUCGUUCCGACAGGAAAAGCCACAGAACUUGUCACAGAACUGGUACAAGUCGUCCACACACAUCGAAAAUUGUGCCGGAGCGGUUGCCCGUGAGGGUUUGGUUCUAGAAAUCCCAAUCCUCACACCUGAAUAUUUGACUUCCGUGGCAUUGGUUCAGUCCUUUUUGCCCACUCAUUCACUUUUAUGUCGGUCCGAAUACUUGUUCAUUUUGCACCAAAGUGUGGUACAGAACGUAUCCGAUAUAUGUCACGCUCCACUCUCGAGAUCUUCACGGCGCUGUUUCUGUAUGUUACAGAAAUCGCGCGGAAGUCACCAGAAGCCCUAACUAUCCGAUGUUAUUUUCGUGCCGGCGCAAAAAGUAUCCGGUAUAGUGCAAACGUAACCUAAAGCCUUAGUCACCAAUGAUAACAUCGUCAGAUGGCAUCACUUGAUUACAAAAGGAAAAUAGACAACAAAUCUGGUGGGAGAACGCGUUUCGAAAGAAUUUUCCACCUGGGGCAGAAACAGCUUGAUAACAAUUACAACAAAAACGUACUACAGUCGACUUGAUAAUAGUCUCAUCCAGCCUAUGAGAAUUAGUAUUUGUCACUUGCAACGAAGACACNAACUAUCCGAUGUUAUUUUCGUGCCGGCGCAAAAAGUAUCCGGUAUAGUGCAAACGUAACCUAAAGCCUUAGUCACCAAUGAUAACAUCGUCAGAUGGCAUCACUUGAUUACAAAAGGAAAAUAGACAACAAAUCUGGUGGGAGAACGCGUUUCGAAAGAAUUUUCCACCUGGGGCAGAAACAGCUUGAUAACAAUUACAACAAAAACGUACUACAGUCGACUUGAUAAUAGUCUCAUCCAGCCUAUGAGAAUUAGUAUUUGUCACUUGCAACGAAGACACGUCUGAUAGCGACAACGCACCCUACCGAAGCAGUCUCUUUUAAUAUCCAUAUUGUACUAACAGUGGCAACAAAACCAGCUCCACAUUUUAAUUUAAUUCCAUUGUAUAUCUAGGCAGUGGGUUGUGAUCACUUGCUGAAUUCAAACAAGGUGAUUGACCGAUGCGGUGUGUGCGGUGGCAAAGCAGACUCGUGCAUUGAUGAAACUGCAGAUUUCACGGAGCAGAUAGCCAGUAAGUUUAACCAGAGUGUAGGUAAUGGCGUAAUUAUGUUUUUUUUUUAUACAAUAUCAAAAAAAUGUUAAUAUGCGGUACUGACUUUACAAUCAUACAGAACUCGCACAUUUGGCAAAUUCAGCGAAUAGCUGAUAAUGUAAGGGAAAAAGUUGCUCACGCGCAUGCCCCCAGCAAAAAACGUCUGUCUGAAAGCAAUCUCUUUGGAACAACGAUUGCUUUUAGCGAUAAAACGCCGCUUGUUAGUUCGUAAGUCAAGAAUAGAUUCUGAUUUUGACUUUAGUGAGCUUUUUCAAUGCCGCCAAGAAAAAAUAUCAGUUGAUCUGUUCUAUAAUGACAAUAAUGAUUUUAUGAUUAUGAUUAUUUAUUUAUUUUUUUUACAGAUGCCGGGGAAUCAGCUUUAAUAAAGAAAAUACCACCAGGUACAACUUACGCCCACUUUCGGAAAAGGAGUGGAGCUACCUCCAAUGUAAUAGGUAAGAAUAAAAUCUUGUUCUAGGUCAAAAUAACAUUCUCUUAUCAAAGGGUCGAGACAAAAUUUUAAUCGUUGAAGAACAGCGACCUCUUGCCGGCAAAUAUUACGGCAAGCAAUGGACCUCAUUGCCAGUCUUAACAAUAACAAUUGUUAUAGCUAGAAUUUUUUUUUCGACAGCGUGCGCUCUCAUUGGUUUCUUCGAGGUCACAUAACACCUAACAAUGAAACUGUCUCCCGCCAAAAUCUCUGAGCGGGAAACAUUGCAAAAUCUAUGACGUAAGUGGGUAACCGUGCAAUGUUACCCGCGAAUGUUGACCGACGACGCAGUUACAAAGAGGUUUAAUCAAUUUCCAGCUAAUAUAUAUCACAAAUCACUUAAAGACUGGUUCCUUGAGAAACAGUUAAUUUUGAUUCCCGCGAACCUCUUGAGAUUCUCCGGAAACAAAAUGAACUGUCUCCCGAGGGACCAGUGUUUGAUUAUGACCUGUUUCCCAGGACAAGCUACUGAGGUUUAUAUAAUGUAUAGUAACUAAGUUAGGCCAUAACUCGGAGACAACAAAUUCAUCUUGCCCAUUAUAUCUGAAUCAUCAUUUCCCUCUGUCACACCUCCUUUUCUCUCUUUCCUUACCUUGUUUUUCGCGAUUUCCUUCCGCUAAUAACAGCCAAGCCUUACCAAGUCAUUAAUUGGUUGUUACACUCGCAGGCUGCGGGUGGCCUUGAAUGUUUCCCGGUAAAGCUACACUUCCAAUGAAUAUCUUCAUGGAGAUUUGCAGCAAGAAAGAUGAGGCUCGCUGGGCAUUGCCAAAGACAUCCUGCCUCCCAGCACACAAACUCAUCCUUUGAGAGCCAACCCACGGCCAUAGAAGUAGAGGACGAUCAAAAUCAACACUAGCUGAUAUCUUAAAGCGAGACGCUGAUUUAGACUCUAGUCAGGAGUUAGAGGCAGAUACACGAGAGUUUAGAUAAUCUUGUCAAGGCUCGGCUGAGGCCGACUUAGUAGUAGUAAUAACAGAGAAUUUCUUGUCGAAUAUAGGUAUUCAGGAUGUGUAUGAGAACUACCUCAUCAACGUACCUGAUGUUUUUACUACAACGAUUACCUACGCUGGAGCUACAAUAUUCUACAAGCACACAAAAGCAAGAUACCAGGACAUACUGGAGAUAAGUGGACAGACCACAGAGACGCUG